AUGGCGGAAACUUCGAAACUCAAAAACYCACGAAGAAAAAAAGGAGCAAAGUUUCACCCAAAAGAGGCGCCUUUUCCUGUUCCUAUAGAGAGUAUUACUAACAAAGAGUGUUGUAACAGCCGUUGGUUUUUUUAUACAGGUUAUUUUCGUGAUAAUUGUGUUGUUAUUGAAAACCAUGGUGACUUGACGUUCCUCUACAAAAUGGGAUUUUUUGGUAAAGGAAACUUGUCCAGAAGUAAACCUGAAUAUGAAGUCAUAUCAAAUAUUUCCCAAAAAGCUUUUUCGAAUUCAGAAAGACUACGAAGAUUACCUCCAAAGGAAAGGCAGAUACGUCAGUCCAAAUUCCGAGACAUUCGAAAAGAAAGAUUCAGGAACCACAAGGAAUGGUACAGAUUAUCUAAUGAAGUCAGUGCAGCUAAUCCUGUGGAGACAGCAAGAGAAUGUAUAGAGAAUGAGGAUCAAGAAAACAAACAUGAUGAAACCCUAGAAGGAGAGGAGGGUUCCCCUGAUAGAAAGAGGAGAAAAGAAGAGUUAGAAGUUACUGAUUCUGGGGAUAUAAGACAGGAGAAUGAAGAAGAGUCAGACAGGGUAGAGGAAGGAGAGGAAGAGGAAGAAGAAGACCCAGGGGAAGAUGUUACAAGUAGUGAAAAUAUCAAAAGCAACCGAGAUGUGGAUGAAGUCAUGCAGGAUGUUUUGAGAUACAACAAAGAACAAUUACCAAACAAUGAUGAUUCAUUACCAAGUCAAGAUUCAACUUCUAAGCAAAAAACAACAUCACACAAGAAAGAAGAUCCAUACAAGGUCUUUGAACAUCUCCAGCUAAGUUUAGAAGAGGCUUUCUUUCUGUCAUAUGGACUGGGUUGCCUUACAGUUUAUGAUAAUGAGAAGAAGCCCUUAGCAAUCAGUCAAAUGUGGACAAGAUUCUGUGCAGCAAAACAAGAUUUCAUUCCAUGUUAUGUGGUUUAUCACUACUUCCGUUCCAAGGGAUGGGUGCCAAAGAAUGGAAUAAAAUAUGGUACAGACUUUGUGCUUUAUAAACAGGGGAUGCCUUUCUAUCAUUCCAGUUACUCUAUUAUCGUGCAAGUAGCUGAUGAAGAUAGCUUAGCACCCAGUUCUCACUCGCCAUUGAUGGGACAGCGUGCACCAGUCUCUUGGUGUAGUGUAGGUGGGCCUAACAGAGUUAGCGAACACGCCGCCAAGGAGGUCAUGCUGUGUUACGUCAUCGUUCCCUCAGAUAUUACUGAACAAGAGCUUAGUCUUCCAACUUGCAUCACUAGGUUCAAAUUCCAAGAAGUAGUUAUGAGGAGAUGGAUACCCGAACGCUCCAGGGAAUCAACAAAUAAACUCAAGUGUUAAGUGGUUCUCGGCACAACAUGCUUACUAACACGGUCAAUACUGCAUGGUGAUGAAUACAAGCAGGAUGGUGCAUAAACUGUUAGGGUGUGUUAUGGUAUUUUUCUAAGAAAUCCAGUGCUCAAUUACCGCCUCUUCCUGUAGAAAGAAUCCCAGUUCGUUACAC